GGGGAACUGAGUGCCGAGUUCAGCCACAGCAAUGCAAACCCAGAGAAGUACAGGAAAAAAACCAAACCAGCAAACCCCCCACAAAAUCCCUUUCAGCCCGAAGCUGCACAGCUUCAUCUUGCCCAGAAAAGGCCUUAUACCCGGUCUGUCAUGUAACAGAAGGCUUUUUCAUCACAGAAAGCAGCAUUUCAUCAGAAACAGAUUGGAGACAUUUCAGGUUUCAGAACAGUAAGUCAUGUUGGGAAAAAAGUUGGUGACCGCUCAGAAGCGAGGGGAGACGAGAGCCCUGUGCCUGGGGCUGGGGAUGGUCGCGUGCUCCAUGAUGAUGUACUUCUUCAUUGGGAUCACCAUUGUGCCAUUCUACACUAAAAGCGUUUGGACAACAGAAACCGUGUGCAAGGUGCUCAGAGCCACCAUCGAGGACAAAGUCCUCUGCCCAGACAGCAAGGGCUCGGAGGACGAUGGUGUCUGUCACUAUCCUUGUCUCCAGGUGUGGGUUAAUCUCACAGCCUUGGGGCAGGAGGUCAUGCUCUAUCAGACUGAAGAUACGCUGGAAAGAAACACUAAGUGCUCCUACGUGCCAGGCAACUCUGAGAACCCCAAAGAGGUUCAAGCACGAAUAGAAACCAUUGCAAACAAUUUCAAAAAAUACCAGACUUUCCCGUGCUACUAUGACCCCGGAGGAACACAGACCAAUGUCAUUUUGAGCAGAAAUUACCCCCCCAGAGGUCUCCUCUUCACUUUCCUUUGGCCUACGCUCAUGUUCACUGGUGGAUGUCUGAUUAUAAUCCUGGUAAAGUUAAGCCAGUAUGUUUCUGUUCUUUCUGCUUGGCAGUAGAAAAUAAAUAUCUAGCUCAGACUGCUGCUAGAUAUUAAAGUGCCUUUGUUCUGUC